AUGGACGGAUCGCCGCCGCCGGUCUACGUGUACGGCGCCGAGUACGUGGCGCGAUGCGAUGCCCUGUGCAAGGUCCCGCGGCGGGCCAGCAUGGUGCACGCGCUGCUGGAAGCCUACUCGCUGCUGAAGCACAUGAGGGUCGUCCAGCCGCGCCCCGCGACCAUGGAGGAGAUGGCGGCCUUCCACACCGACGCCUACCUGCAGCACCUGCAGCAGGUCAGCGAGGAGGGCAACGAGGACCACCCGGACUCCGCGGAGUUCGGACUCGGCUACGACUGCCCGGCCAGCCAGGGCGUCUUCGAGUAUGCGGCGGCAGUCGGCGGCGCCACCCUGACGGCGGCGCGGUGCCUGGCGGAGAAGAAGUGCCGGGUGGCGAUCAACUGGGCCGGCGGCUGGCACCACGCCAAGAAGGACGAGGCUUCGGGCUUCUGCUAUCUGAACGAUGCGGUGCUGGGGAUCUUAGAGCUGCGCCGGAAAUUUGACCGUGUCCUCUACGCUGACCUAGACUUACAUCACGGGGACGGUGUCGAGGACGCUUUCAGCUUCACCUCCAAAGUCAUGACGGUGUCUCUGCACAAGUUUGCUCCUGGAUUUUUCCCAGGAACAGGAGAUGUGACAGAGGUGGGCUUCGGGAAGGGGCGCUACUACAGCAUCAACGUACCCCUUCAGGAUGGCAUCAAGAACGAGACAUACUACCAGAUCUGCGAGGUGGUGCUGAAGGACGUGUAUGCCGCCUUCUGCCCUGAAGCCGUAGUACUGCAGUUGGGAGCAGAUACCAUUGCAGGCGAUCCCAUGUGUGCAUUCAACCUGACCCCAGAGGGGAUCGGCAAGUGCCUGAAUUAUGUGCUGCAAUGGCAGCUGCCGACCCUUAUCCUGGGGGGAGGAGGCUAUCACCUUGCUAACACUGCCCGCUGCUGGACAUAUCUGACUGGAGUCGUUCUGGGGAAAACGUUGCCCUCUGAAAUUCCUGAUCACGAGUACUUCACGGAAUACGGCCCUGACUAUGUGCUGGAAAUCACUCCAAGCUGCCGGCCAGACCGGAAUGAGCCUCAGCGCAUCCGGGAGAUCCUCAGCUGUGUGAAAGGGAACCUGAAACAUGUGACUUAGCGGAAAAGAGGACUCCCUUCUCUCCAGAGCCACUGCACCUGGCAGCAGUUGUCAAAGAGUGCAGAGGAACUGCACGGAUAUGCCGGUAGGGCAUCGGGAGCCCCUCAGGCUGUGAUCCUGGAGCUGUUUGUGCUACUUGGAGCAACAGGGUGUUAAGUUUAAAGGACAACUCCCCACCCUCCCACCAGCCUGGACUUCCAGCCUCGUCCCUUGCAGAGGCAGCUCAUUUAGAAGGAGUGGAAGCCCCCCCCCCCGGCCCUGUGCCUCUUGGACUGGCAGGAGCACAGCAAGAAGAGACUCCGCUCUGUUGGUAUUUUUUGAACAGCUGUUUGCCUUGAAAUAAAAAAAAAUUGGAUGACU